AUGGCAGUGAAACUUUUAAUUGCAGAAAAGGUGAACAACUUCCCUCCCCUGCCCAAAUUCAUCCCUCUGAAGCCAUGUUUCUACCAGGACUUCGAUGCGGAGAUCCCGCCGCAGCACCGGACCAUGGCCAAGCGGCUUUACUACCUCUGGAUGCUGAACAGCAUCACCUUGGCAGUGAAUCUCGUGGGCUGCCUCGCGUGGCUCAUUGGAGGCGGCGGAGCUGUAAAUUUUGGACUGGCAAUUCUCUGGCUCAUUCUCUUUACGCCCUGCUCCUAUGUCUGCUGGUUUAGACCUAUUUACAAAGCUUUCAAGACAGACAGUUCCUUCAGCUUCAUGGCCUUCUUCUUCACCUUCAUGGCCCAGCUGGUGAUCAGCAUUAUCCAGGCAGUGGGGAUCCCUGGAUGGGGGGUCUGUGGCUGGAUUGCAGCAAUUUCCUUCUUUGGGACCAACGUGGGCUCGGCUGUGGUGAUGCUGAUCCCCACCGUGCUCUUCACGGCCAUGUCAGUCUUCUCCUUCAUCGCUCUCACCAUGGUGCACAAGUUUUACCGGGGAAGCGGCGGGAGCUUCAGCAAAGCGCAGGAGGAGUGGACCACGGGGGCCUGGAAGAAUCCCCACGUGCAGCAGGCGGCCCAGAACGCGGCCAUGGGGGCGGCGCAGGGCGCCAUGAUGCAGCACGAGACGCAGUAUUCGGCCACCCCCAACUACACCUACUCCAACGAGAUGUGAGCAGCAGCGGGACUCUGUCCUCAGGAGGAAGAGCUGAGGGGGGAAAAGGGAGGAGGAAGCCUGAGCCGAGUUUCUGCAGCUGUCUCAGAAAAUCAGAGUGUACCAUAAUGGUGGUUCUUUUCCUGUCUUUGUAACGAGAUCCUUUGGGAUUUUUUUCUUUCUUUUUUUUUUUUGUUCUGUUUUUCUUGUGUUGAGAUCUUUUUUUCUCCUUUCUUUUUCAUUCUGAAGAGGCCGUGAGUUGACCUACAGGGCUCUUGUUGUGCGUGGUAGUCAGUGUCCAUUCAUGUGUCUUCUUUUUCCCUGUGGAAUAGUGUACGGUGAUGGUUUUUUAAUUACUGUGGUGAUAGGUGUACGUUAGAACCUCAUCAGCCAAAAGCCCCCCCAUGCCCCCAGAAAGGGAAAAACAGCAACCAGCACCCAUCUUCCCUCUUGGAAUAAGCCCUGAACCACGGGUUUUUGACAUGUGUGAGUUUUCUCUUUCAGUUGGUAGUGUCCAGCCACUUGCCACUGUCUCAGCAAGGGCAAGCAAUCCUGGGAAUUCUCCCUUUUUAUUUUGCUUUUUAACUAGCAGGUGGCUGGCUGAUUUAGCAUUAAAAAAAAAAAAAAAGAAAGAAAGAAAAAGGGAAAAAAUAUAAAAAACUCUCAAUCCUGCUGUUGAUAUGCUGGAAGCCAAGAGAUUCCUAAUCUACACCCUGGCUCAGGAUCUACAACUUCUCUCAGUGUGUGGUGUUGUAAGUGAGUAGUUUACACUUUGACCUGGAGGACCAGUGUGUGUGUGCGUGUGUGUUGGGGAGCAAGGACAGGUUUUCCCUGUGGGAUA